UGGGCUGAGUAAGAUGGCGGACGCAGAGGAGGACUUGCUGCUUUUCAGUGUCAGUGACCUGCCGGUUCGCGGGUACAGCCUGAUGGAGGAGAUCCGGCGCCAGGGCAAACUCUGCGACGUGACCCUACGGGUUGGUGACCACAAGUACACGGCGCAUCGCAUUGUGCUGGCUGCAUCUAUCCCGUACUUCCAUGCCAUGUUCACAAACGACAUGAUAGAAUGCAAGCAGGAUGAGAUUGUCAUGCAGGGAAUGGACCCCAGUGCUUUGGAAGCGCUUAUUAACUUUGCCUAUAAUGGUCGGCUGGCAAUAGACCAGCAGAAUGUGCAGUCGCUGCUAAUCGGUGCCAGUUUCUUGCAGCUGCAGAAUGUGAAGGAUGUGUGCUGCACCUUCCUGAGAGAGCGACUACAUCCUAAAAACUGCCUGGGAGUGCGUCAGUUUGCAGAGACAAUGAUGUGCACUGUUCUUUAUGAUGCAUCCAACAGUUUCAUCCACCAGCACUUCGUGGAAGUAUCCAUGUCUGAAGAGUUCCUUGUAUUGCCCUUUGAGGAGGUGUUUGAGCUUGUUGCUCGAGAUGAGCUCAAUGUGAAGUCUGAAGAACAGGUAUUUGAGGCGGUUCUCGCUUGGGUACGAUUUGAUCGGGAGAACCGUGAGGAGUACCUGUCUCAGCUGCUGACCAGAGUGCGCCUGCCUCUCUGUCGACCACAAUUCCUAACAGACAGGGUUCAGCAGGAUGAUUUAGUUCGCUGCUGCCACAAGUGCAGGGACCUUGUUGAUGAGGCAAAGGAUUAUCACCUAAUGCCUGAGCGUCGUCCUCACUUGCCAUCCUUCAAGACCCGGCCACGAUGCUGCACCUCCAUUGCUGGCUUGAUCUACGCAGUAGGAGGCCUCAAUUCUGCCGGCGACUCUUUGAACGUUGCAGAGGUGUUUGAUCCCAUUGCCAAUCGAUGGGAGCGGUGUCAGGAGAUGACGACCUCUCGGAGUCGUGUGGGUGUGGCCAUGGUUAACGGGCUGUUGUAUGCGAUAGGUGGGUUCGAUGGGCAAUCAAGGUUAAAUACAGUGGAAGUUUACAACCCAGAGACAGACAAGUGGACCAAAGUGGCCAGCAUGAACAGUAAACGCAGUGCAAUGGGAACAGCUGUCAUGGAUGGACACAUCUAUGUUUGUGGUGGAUAUGAUGGAAUCUCCUCCCUCAACUCUGUGGAAUGUUACAGUCCAGAAGCUGACAAGUGGGUCUCUGUGACUCCAAUGAGUGCCUGCCGCAGUGCUGCAGGGGUCACUGUGUUUGAAGGGAGGAUCUAUGUUUCUGGAGGGCAUGACGGGCUGCAGAUAUUUAAUACGGUUGAAUGUUACAAUCAUCACACCACUACCUGGUACCCAGUGCCAAGUAUGCUGAAUAAACGCUGUCGCCAUGGGGCUGCAUCACUAGGCAGCCAGAUGUAUGUCUGCGGUGGUUACGAUGGCUCUGGUUUCUUGAGUAUUGUGGAAGUUUACAAUUCUUCUUCAGAUCAGUGGUAUCCACUUGUUCCUAUGAACACUCGCCGCAGCCGGGUGUCCCUCGUUUCAAGCUGUGGCCGCCUCUAUGCUAUCGGUGGAUAUGACGGACAGUACAACUUGAACUCAAUGGAGAUGUAUGAUGUUGACACAAACUGCUGGACAUUUAUGGCCCCCAUGGUGUGUCAUGAAGGUGGAGUUGGUGUAGGGUGCAUCCCCCUCCUCAGCGUGUAAGACUGUCGUUGUUCCUCUAGUCGGAAAUCUAGCAUUGAGGAGAUGUGGAUACAAUGAUAUAUUUAUGGGAACAACAAACAAACCCUAGUUUUCAGUGCCCGUUGAUUGUUGCCUGUGGCCAAAGAUGAUGCAGUAACAGCUGCAUCUUUCCAACAGAUUGGUAACUUAUCAGUAUUCUGUCACUAACAGAAUCUGUGGUAUUUUUAAAGGCAGCCAUUUUAUUAGAAUUAUAAUUACUUUAUAAAUUACACUGUUUUAAAAAAAGCCUGUUAAUUUAUGAAUAACUUGUUCCCGUGAUUACCCGAAUGCAGAACAGUAGAUCAAUAAAACUAAUAUUGGACUAGGUGUUGUCAUGAGUUAGGGACUUCCCUUUCACCGUUGGCAUCUAGGUUAUAAUGUUGAGAAAUAGAAAACUGAGAUACUAACAGUCCUAUUAUACUGUGUUUUGUACCUGUCCUGUGCUGAACCUUGCUGUUGAGUACUUGCUGCUGGUACCAGAUGGCUGCAAUAGGAGUGUUCCUAGAAUGAUAACUGGCUGAAAAGACAAGGUCAAGCACUGACUGCAUGGUCUGGUUGGUGGCUUGUCUACCGUUUCCUGCAAGACUGAUUGGUCACUGUGUGUCUUUUCAUCUUGUUACUCAGCCAAGUAGCGUUGAAUAGAACUUUGGCUUGAAAAUAAGCCAAUUCUGGGAUAAUUGAGUGUAUGAAUAUGGGAAGUUCUAUUUGUUUUACAUUUCCAGGAUAGUACAGUCAUUCCUUGUAUACCAUGAUAGUGCAGUCUGCUACUGUUUCCAACCCAGGUAAAAACACUUCCCGGUAUUUUUUCUCCUGGCCCUGGUCCAUAGUCGACAUUGUCUCUUUCCCGUUUACUGGUCCAAGUGCUGUUUGUCCUUUGGAACUUAUACAUAAAUAGAUUUUGUUUUAAAAAGUUUACAGUAAUCAAAAUGUGGGAAGACUACUUGAUGGUGAUGUGGGCCAUUACUUGUCAGUACUUUAUCGAGUAAUGGAUUUCUGGGGGCGAGUUACAGAAUACAAUUAGUGGUUAUGCCACGACUGGUGGAUAUGUACUGCUGCACCAUGGCGAACACACCAAGUUGUACAUUUCUGCUCUUCCGGGCAACUGAAGAGUGAAAUGUUAGUUUGUGUAGAUUUGUUACUGAUGGGAGUGUGGCAGAAGGAAAAUAUUGCACAAUGUUAAAUGUGAUCUAAAGUGACAUUUUAUUCUUAAUAUUAUGUUGGUAGCUACUGUAUGUUUAAAAAAUUAUAUACCAUUACUGGGUAGAAAUUUAACUAGGUGGUUUGUACAGUCUCUCUAAUAGACACCUAGGAGUCAGUUGGAGGAUAGAAUCUAACUGGAUUUUUUUAUACAAAUAGAAUAAUGAAUGUCCAGGAUGAAUUGCAAACUAGAAUCUAAAAGAUGGUUUUGGGGGGGGGUGUUAUAUAGAAUAACGGAUAGCAUGGAGUGUGUUACAGAUUGAAUUCCAGUGUACCAUAGCAGACAUCUGCCACAGAUUCGUUGACUGGCAUCUAAAUCAAGAGGAUUCUCAGUUUAUACAAUCCAUAGAGUAUAGUGGAUACCUAGGGAAAUGGUAACAUCGCAGAUUGAGAGAUGCCAAUUAAGUUGUAUUGAAAUUGCUUUUGUGUGCAAUUCUCCUUGUUCAGAGUUGGUUCUCGGUGUAGUGCAGUUCACUAAUUAGGGCCUGUAUCCUACUACCAGCAAGUAACCAUUAAUUAUGUAUGUAGGCAUUAAAUCUCACCUGAUUAUUUGGUGAGGAGGCAUAUCUUGGUCUUCUCCUGCUCCUCUACAUGUGCACUUUACAACAGGAAUCAUUGAGUAACUAUGUCCCUAUUCUAAUGGUACUGAGGAAAUUGCAGGCUCCUACUGCUGGCACAACUGAGGAACCCAAGUGCUUGGGUCUGAAUGACUCAUUAGGGUGGACUAGACAUACGAUUAAUUUACACUACAUGGGUCUUGCCUGCUAGGUUUUGCUUGCAAUGAGCUAGCUGAGCUGUAUUUAAGCAGACUACAGCCAAAUACUGCAGUAUUGAAUAAUAUCACUUUUUUCCAAACCUUGCACCCAGUGAAGCAUACUAUUGGACCCGAUAUGGAUCCGUCUGUUCUUGAAAGAGCUAUCUAAAAUCACUUGCCUGCUCCUUUAGUAGACCCCUGUAUAUUUUUCUUUUUUCCAAGUUGUAAACUUAAUUCCCACUUAAAGCAAAAAUUAGAAACAACUUAUUUAUUUUGUUAAUAUAAUGUCAAUGGCACCGGCUCAGUUGUUCACUUUAUCGGUUACUCAAAAACCUGAAGCAGUUUUACUAUCCCCAAUAAACAGGAUAGGAGAAAAGUUCUGCCAAAUUCAUAGCAAUGUGGAAUAAUUGUGGAAAUAAAGUAUUUGCUGUCUGCUCGGUUAUUCCUGGGACCAAUUAUCAAGCCAAAAGAUUGGUGCUCAUUUUCUGCCUGAGUUGAUUCUAAUGUCAAGCUGGCAUAUUGUCUCCAAAUCUGUUUGAGAUUCCCAGCUGCACUUGCUUUCCUGUGUUUAAUCAGUUAAAACAUGCGCUUAUCACAGACUAGGGAGCCUAUAUGUGUUCCCCAGCUUAAACCUUGUGAGCCAGUUUCUUGAGUACUUUGCCUAUUCUUUUCUUGUAUUAAAAGAGAUGGUGUCCCAGUGUAAUUUCCACUUAACCCAAGUGAAAUAUUAAUUUCUAUUGGGAGUUGAAGUAUCACUGCAUCCAGGUCCUUUUUAAUUCAUGCUGCACUCUUCAAAUGUCCUGAAUUUUGAAUUUGAGCUCUACAGCUUUGGACUUUACUUUCUAUUUAUGGUGCUACAUAAUUGUAUAUAGCCAGUAGUUAUUGCCCUAUGAGAUGAUUUAUGCUAACCAGGUCUUUGUCAUUGGGUUUAAGCUGUUGGCCAGACUGUCUCCAGAAGAAUCAUUUAUCCUAAUAGGGGAAAGAAGGAAGGAUAAUUGGGUCCCUGGAUAUCUAACUUUUUUUAAACCAUGUCAAAUGUGAAACCUAGGUUCCUAAAUUCUUAGGAAUAAGACAAGGGAGUUGGCCAUUCAGCCCCUUGAGCAGAUCAUCACCAGAAAACAGCUGUUAGAAAUUUUUAUCUGGAAUGUGGGGUAAUCGUGAAAACCUACAGUACUUCUAUUCAUCCAUCUGUUACAGUACGUUAUAGGUCAGACCUUUGUGUCAUUGGUACAAAUUGUAUGUUCUGUUUCCAAAGUGUACACAAUGUUUUGUUACCAGGUUACUGUGGAACACAUGAAUGUUUUUAGUGUA